CCAACGGCCGCGCUCCCGCGUCCCCCGGCACCGAGGUGGGCCGGGACGCACGCCCGGAAGCGGCCUCCUGGCCGCGGAGCCUUCUGGAAGUUGUAGUGCGGCAACAAAAGGAACCUCAUUUACCUUAGUUAAGUAUGAGCUCCAACAGAGUCCGAAUGGCUUGAGUACUUGUCGUCAAUCACCUGCAGAGGUAAAAACAGCUUUGACUUAUUGCUCAAAAGAACUUUGGAGGGGAGAAAAAAUCGUCCUGGGUAUAGUCAUAGCUUUCCCUGAAAAACUAGAAUGAAUUUCACAACAGGAAAGGAGUGAAGAGAAUAAGGAAAAGGAAGAAGCUAUUCCCCUUUUAAUGAUGGAUGAAGAGUGAAUGGAAUAUAGCUACAAGAUGAAUAAGUAGUCCAAUUUAUUUUCAGGCAUCUAUUAAAUAUCACAAUCUGAAUGAUUUUUUUCAAAUCAGUGGAUAGCGGGUUCCCAGUGCCGAUUCCGACACUGUGAAGAGGCCCUUGGCAGUGACACUGUGUGCUCAUUAUGGAGAGAAGGAAAAUGUUUAGAUCCACUUUGCAGAUUUAGACACAUGGAAAUGCAGCAAAACUGCAGCAUUUCAUGCUUCUGGGAAACUCAGCCUCUUGGUUGUGUGAAGAUCAGUUGUAUCUUUUAUCACAGCAAACCUCGAAAUAUCAAUGGAUUAUUUUUGCCACCAAGUAGCAAUAUCACACCGCAGAAAGAAACUCAGGAAGGCAUUCCACCCCCAACCCAGAGUCAGGAACCUCUGAAACCUCAGGAGAAUAUAUCACGACCCAUUCACCAUCCCUUAGUUUUAAAAACAAACUUUGAGGAAGAAGAGGAGGAAGAAGAUGAACAAAAUGAUGCUUCUAGUUUAUGGACAAAGACACCUGAAGAAAUUGAAGAAAAAAGAGCAAUAAAGGAGAUGUGUUAUAAAUCUGGUGAAUACUACAGAUUUCAUACUCCUCCAGAUAUUUUAUCAUCUAAAAGCAUAGCCUCUACAGUGGAAAAAGAGUUAGAAAAGCCUUUGGAAAAUGGAAGUGAAUUGCAGGAAGGGGACAGUCUGACAGUUCCAACAAAAUUCAGCCUAUUUGAAAGGCAAGGUGAGAUAAAAGCAUCACUGGAUAGGAAAGCAAGGACUGACACUGCUGCUUUUGAAAAUGGAGGAGGUGACUGCUACAUUCCACAGAGGAUCAUAUUUCCUGGAGUAGAUGAAAAUGAAGCUUUAACUGAAGAGAAAGAAAUCACGAUGUCGAAAUGUUCAAAUGCUAAAGAUAACAAGGACAGUCCUCAUCCAAAGCGUUCCCUAACUACCCGACUAGUACCUACAAUGCAUGUAUUAAAUGCUACUGAGAAUAUCAGUGUGAAGUGCAGAGAGGACCCUUCUUCAAUAAAUGAUGUCCAGCCAGUGAGGAAGCCUCAUUUUAAAGGCCUGAAAAAAAGAAAAUGGAUUUAUGAUGAACCAAAGAACUUUCCUGGCCCAGAAAUGCAGAGAGAUAAAUAUAUGUCAACAUCAUAUAAUGGUUCAGCCUGGCAAAAAAGAAUUCCUUUUUCAAAAACAUAUUCAAAAACUGAAAAGAUAUAUUCAGAGCCAAGAAGAAAUGGGAGGAAGUAAACCUGGAGGUUGAAAAAUGAGAAAAGAGAAAAGUGCCAGAGAUCAUCUGGUUUACAAUCAAAAUGAAAAUUCCAAGAAUGAGAUACUCAAGUAGUCCAUACUGUAUACUGGAUAGCCAAAUAUGAUAAUUGCAAAUUCUGAAAA